AUGAACAAACUCCGAAGUCCGGCUCAGAUCAUCCUAACCUUUAUCAUCGGCUUCGUCAUCCCAUUCCUCUUCUACGUCUUUCUCGAUUCCUCCUUCGAUGUUGACAUCGCGCCGUAUUGCUACGUGUUCGUCGUCUUCAUGCUCGUGUCCACUGCCUUCGUCGUGUGGGUGGAGUGCUUCCUCGCCGUGUUCAUCAAGAACGAUCCUCCUGAGCAGCCCGCAUCUCCCUACCCCCCUGCUUCCGCCAUCAUCGCUGCGUACCUGCCUAAUGAGAAGGACACCAUCCUGGAAACCAUCGAAGCCUUCCUAAACAUUGAAUACCCCGCACCGCUGCAGGUCAUUUUGGCCUACAACACGCCAAAGGACAUGCCCGAAAUGGAAACCAUCCUUGCCGAGAUGGGUCAGCAAAGACCCGACCGCUUUCUGCCGUACCGCGUCGUCCACUCGCGUUCCAAGGCGGAGAACGUGAACGCGGCCGUUAAGCUCGUCCGAGGAGAGUUCGUUGGCGUCUUCGACGCGGAUCACUGCCCGUCGCACGACUCGUUCAUGCGCGCUUGGAAGUGGCUCAGCAACGGCUACGACAUCGUGCAAGGCCACUGCAUCGUUCGCAACGGCGAAGACAACCUCGUCGCGAAGCUCGUCGCCGUCGAGUUUGAGACCAUCUACGGCAUCGGCCACCCCGGUUCUGCUGCUAUUCACAACUUCGGUUUCUUCGGCGGCUCUAACGGCUUCUGGAAGUCGGGCCUUCUCGCGCAAAUCGGCAUGGAUGCCGCCAUGCUUACGGAAGAUAUCGACUCGUCCAUCCGCGUGCUGCUCGCCGGAGGCAAGAUCAAGUCCGACCCUGGUCUCAUGUCCUCUGAACUCGCCACCACCACCCUUCGUCAAAUAUGGAAUCAACGGCUGCGAUGGGCGCAGGGAUGGUUCCAAGUGUCAAUCCGGCACUUCACUGCCGUCAUGACGUCGCGAAACCUGUCGCUGUGGCAGAAGGUCGGCAUGUUCCACCUGUUCGUCUGGCGUGAGGUGUACCCGUGGGUGUCGUUGCAGAUCCUCCCGCUGCUCGCGUUCCUCGCAUACAAGAUGGACGGCUUCGGGUCGAUCAACUGGCUCGAUUCGUUCUACCUUGCCACGACGCUCUUCACUUUCUCGUGCGGGCCCGCGCAAGUCGUCGCCGCGUACUUCGUUUCCGCGAAGAGCAUUCGAAAGCGGUCGUUGUGGUGGUGGAUGUACAUUGUCUUCUCCAUGAUGUUCUACACUGAGUUCAAAAACGUGAUUGCGCGAGUGGCGCACAUUAAGGAGUUCAUGAGGGAAAAGGCCUGGAUGGUCACGCCACGGAUACUCUCCCGACGAAGGCGGACGAGCGGUAAAGGCGGCAAGAAAGGAGUCGUCGUGGUUGUAAGAUGA